UUAUUUUAACUUAUAAAUAACUUUGUUAUAACUAAAUCAAAAAUAAUGAAAACAAUUUGAAACAUGUAAUCUGCGUAAAAAAAACAUUCAAAAUGAUGUCGGGUUCUCCGAAAGAAUUUGGGAGGGCUUGCUGGAACGAAGUUUACAACAGAAUUAUUGGUGAUGUUGUAUUCUUGGAUGAUAAUAGCGCUGAAUGCUUGCACUGGGAUGGCGGACUGUUCAACCUUUUAACGGGAGGAGCUGUUGCCGUGCAAAGUUUGUCCCCAUUUGAGUGUGCUAAAAAAGAACAUAAAAAGGCAGUUUUUAUAACUCAAUCAACUUCAACACAGUUGCAAACAAUUCGUGAGAUUAUACGUAACAGUGACUUUGUACACUGCAUUCUGAUAUCAUGUAUGAGCCUUGAUGUGGUGUACUUGGAGCUAAAUGAGGGCAAGGAUGUCACUGACAUUGUCUCAGCUGGUAAAGCAUUCAGUGAAGCCACAAAGCAACUGGAAGGUAUGCUUGUGGAAUGGAUGGGGAAAAAGCAAUGUUCAACAGAGGUAAUACAUGUUCCAAUAUUCACAAUCUGUCCCACAAACGCUGUAUUCCUCACACCACCGUAUCAGAAGAUAUAUCCAUCAUUUAAUGGUAAUUUAAUACCUGAAUCCAAUUCUAUAGACUUAUAUACACUGAAUAGUGAAGAAAGGUCUCAAGUGAGGAGACUUGCUAGUGGUUUGAAUAGUAUGUUUGAAUCAAUGAAUCUUAAAGAAGAUGUAUUUUAUAUGGGUGUAUACAGUUCUUUAGUGGCGGGGGUGUUGGAAAAUUCUCCAGUAUGUCUUGCAAGGAGAAAGAACUGUACAAAUCCUGUAUCUCUCCUAAUAAUUGACCGCACAUUAGACCUGUGUGGUGUAACCAGCCAUUCCAUGGAGUGUCUGUUAGACAAGGUGAUGUCAGUACUGCCUCGGUUCCCGGGACAUUCCAACGACGUCGCAGUUGACAUGUCACCACUUUGUGAAGCCAAUGUUAUAACACAUCCUGAUGAUAUCCAAUUGGCUGCGGGAUGUCUUUACCAUGCAGAUGAUGAUGCAUGCACACAGACAUUUGACUAUAUGAUUAACAAGUCACAGAAGGAAGUCAUGUUUGACUUGUACAAUAAGCUCUCUAAGAUUGAUGUACAAAAGUCACCUGGACCUAAGACGUUGUUGAAAGUCACACCGUUGAGUGUUGAGAAGAUUGUUAUUGCAUCUAAAGGUAACUAUGAUAUUAUUGGUAAACAUAUAGGUGUUCUCCAGCAAGCGCUUGGUGUGGUACAAACUUUGAAGUCACCAAAGAGGAACCAAAUGGAACUGGUGAUGGGCUUGGAGCGGCAGGUGCAUCAGAGCCUUGCUGCGAGCAGGGAAUCGACUAGUGUUCUUCAUCAGAUAAGUCAACUAAUAAAAACACGGAAGGAAAGAAAUCUUCCUUUAGAGAAUCUAUUAGCACUUAUCACUCAUGUUUAUUCUCUCACUGGCACCGAAGUGUCCUUCAACAAGCAACAUGAAGACACACUUACUGAAAUGCUGAGUGUUGCCAUAUUUGAAGACCACAAGACACUGCUCAGUAACCCUGAUCCUGGUAUGGCAACUCCGGAAGGCUGUGCGGAAAUGGCUGGUAAAAUUAUGAAAAAAUUAAAAGAUGUCUCACAGAUGAGGAAGAUUUUGAACAAAUAUACGUCUGUGCUGAAGGCAAGUGAGAGCGGUGUUGGUUACGAGUACGUGGGCGUGCUGCAGCAGCUGGUGCACGAGAUGACGUCAUGCGAGCGCCCCGAGCUGUCCGACCUGCGACACAGGCACGACGGCCUCAAGGACAUACUCCGCACAGGCUUCAAUAUGCUAACGAGUAAGAAGUCGCGCAGUGCAAAGCAUCCGUUGGACAAUCCUACAGUGUUGUUGUUCGUGGUGGGCGGCGUCACCGCAGAGGAGUGCAAACAGUUACACCGCAGUAUGAUCACCAGCGGUGUUGAUAACGCGCUUAUUAUCGGCUCAACUAAGUUUGUCAACCCCGUCGAAGCUAUGAGAGAUGCUCUGGAUAUAUAGUUGGUAUAAUGCCACAGUUUAGGGCCACCUACGGUCACUUAGCAAACUUUUAGUAUAGAUUUCUAAUGAAGUCUACUGUAAUUGUGACUUAAAACAUUUCUGUGGGUGGCAAAUAGAUACAUGAUACCCGGCACUUGAGUUGGCACUUCGUACAGAAGAUUACUUUAGUUCUCGACGUGCCAACUCGAGCGUUUUUCCACAUUAUCUGUUCUAAAACAUAACGUUUUCUCUUUUUUAA